AUGAGCUGCAACUGGGGCACCGAGCUGUGGGAUCAGUUUGAUAAUCUGGAGAAACACACGAGCUGGGGGAUCGACUUCCUGGAGAGAUACACCAAGUUUGUUAAAGAGAGAGCCGACAUCGAGCUGAGCUACGCCAAACAGAUCAGGAGUCUUUCUAAGAAGUAUCAUCAGAGAAGCAGAGAGGACGACAGCAGGUACAGCUGGUGUCUGGCGUUCGCCGCGACGCUUCGGCAGCUCAACGAACUCGUCGUCCAGAGAGAAGAACUCGCCGAGAACCUGAACACGCACAUCGUCUCCGAGCUGAGCCGCUACACACACGAGCUGAAGGCUGAGAGGAAGACCCAUUUCCAAGAUGGCCGCCGCGCUCAGCAGCACAUCGAGAGCUCCUGGAAGCAGCUGGAGUCUAGUAAGCGUCGGUUUGAGCGUGACUGUAAGGAGGCGGAGCGAGCUCAGCACGUCUCUGACAGAAUCGACCUCGACACCAAGACAGACGCAGAGAAGCGCUGUUUGAAGGCUCGUCAGACGGCUCAACAGAAACAACAAUCUGCUGAUGAGUCCAAGAAAGAAUAUGUGACCAGUUUAAACCAGUUUAACCAGGACCAGCACCAGCAUUACCACACACUGGUACCAGUUAUAUACCAGCGUAUCCAGGACAUGGAGGAACGGCGUAUCGAGAGGAUCGGAGAUGCGAUGCGAUGUUCUGCGGAGGCCGAGAGGAAGUUCCUUCCUGUCGUCGGUCGCUGUUUAGACGCCAUGAUGGACGCAGCAGAGAGCAUCCAGCCGAGGAUGGACACCCUCCAGGUGGUGGAGGUGUAUAAGUCGGGCUUCGACCCCCCCGGUGACGUAGAGUUUGAGGACUACAGCGCCGCCAUGAGGCGAAGCAUCUCUGAGUCCAGUUACCUUGACAACCGCACCGAGGGGCGGAGACACAGCCGCAAGCUGUGGCCCUUCAUCCGUAAGAACAAGCUGUUGACCCUUCUGUCGUCUCCACGGCAACCCCCUCCUCCCCCCCCCACCUCUCCCUCACCUGGGGGAAUGGCUCAGUCCCCGCCCCCAGCGUCCAGAGAGCCAAUCACACAGCGGCUCAAUGACCUCAUGACGUCUGGAUCCAGAACCAGGAAGCAGUGUCUCCGCAGCCUGAAGAGAGGGCUGUCACUCAAACUGGGAUCCGGUCCUGCAGACUGCAGCCAUCUUCCUCCAGAACAACGACGCAAGAAACUUCAAACCAGAAUCAACAACAUCAACCAAGAGAUCCAGAGAGAGAGAGAGCAGAGAGACACGCUGGCGAAGAUGAGGGACGUGUACGAGCGAAGUCCUCAGAUGGGAGACGCUAACAGUUUAGAGCCUCGACUGGAAGAAGUGAAGCAGAGUCUGCAGAGACUGGAGGAGGAGCUGCGGAGGAACCAGGCGUGGCUGCUGGAGGCCGACAGCAGAGCCUCGGCUCACGGCAGCAGGAGACAGAGUGAAGCAGGUUGUGGGUUAAAUUCUGCGGCGACGACGCCGGGAAGCACGAGCCUGAAACAUCUGGACAACCGCAGCCCGGCCAGCAGAGAGAGUCCUGAUGGCAGCUACACGGAGGAUCACAGCACAGAGCUUCACUUUAAGUCUCGUAGUUCAGAGUUUGAAAACGACUUCGACGAUGAAGAACCGUUACCGAGUAUCGGUACCUGCAAGUCCCUUUAUCCUUUUGAAGGUCAGAAUGAAGGAACCCUGUCCCUGGUGGAAGGAGAACUACUUUCUGUGGUGGAAGAAGACAAAGGAGACGGCUGGACCCGAGUCCGGAGGAACCUGCAGGAGGAAGGAUACGUUCCCACGUCCUACAUCAAAGUGUUCCUGGAGAACCAAGGCUUUGUGCAGAGUAGUCGGCUAGUCUAG